CGCAUGCUCCAUAGAAAACUCCAUUAUUUUUUUUGCACGGAAUCUGCAAGAAAAAAUAAUAACUGUGAAAUAGAGAUUAAAAGGUGCAUCGGAUGAGCUCCAUUUUUGCUAAACAUACACCAGCUUGAUCGAACAGUGUCUGGAGAUAACGACUGAAUAAUUUGGCGACACGAUCAGACAUCCUUGGGUCUUGGGACACUCCAGAAUCAAUCAAACUGUGGCCUUAGUGUCAGCUGCAGAGUUUUGGAGAAGUUGACCUCUGAAGCAGGGCCAGAAGACUUAACGUUAGUUCUUGGAGAGUUCUGCAAGGUGUUGGGGGGUGGUUGGCAGAGUGUGUGUGCUUCUCCCCUGACACAAUGGCCUUCACACGGUGGAUACCAUAGCCAAUAAUAUAUUUGGCAUUUCAAAGAUGACAAGGUGUUCGGAGACGCAGAUAGCUAAUUAGCACAAUUGGUCGACUCUGUUUUCCGUAAACAGACGCUGUAACAUGGAAAUAUGGCCGUGUGGGAACCCCAACCCUAUAAAGGUGCUGCAAAGCAGUUUUUACAAAAUGAUGGGAGGCAGUGAGAGUGGCAGUGGAGACAAGGAUGGAGUUCACACUGUGGCAAUACAAGUCCCCAUUGGCUGGCAGAGGAGAGCGAAGGACGGGCUUGUGGUGUAUGUCAGUCCAAGUGGCGCAGUCCUGUCCUCACUGGAAGAGGUUAAGUCAUAUCUGUUGACCGAUGGCACAUGCAAGUGUGGCCUCGAGUGUCCGCUGGUCAUCCACAAGGUGUUUAACUUUAGCCUAAGCGUCAAAAUUCAACAGCACAGCCAGCCGGUGGGGAAGGCAGAGCAGGACAUGACAAAGCUCUGUAACCAUCGGAGGAAAGUGGUUGCCAUGGCAGCGCUCUGUCGCAGUAUGCAGGCUUCACAACUGCCCUAUGUUGCCCGUCACACAGAGGUCACCAGUGGCAUUAUGGAGAACAGAGAUCCUAAGAGGAUGAGAGUGGACAGGGAAGAAAAAGAACGUGGCACUUACACCUCCAAACACCAUCUAGUCCAGUCCAGGCCCAACAAUAACCUCCACCCCAACUCUUGUGGCAGUCCUAAAAAUUCUCCCCAACUUGUGUAUUCUUACAAUGGCUCCUCACCCCUCUCACACAAUAGCACUAACUCUUAUCACACGCCUGAUAUUUUGAGGAGACUGCCACCUCCUCUCAAUCUCCCCCCCAACACCUCUCCAUUCUCCAGCUAUGGGGCACCUCAGAGGUCCCCACGCACACCAACGCCUCAGAAUCUCAGUCAGGGUCAGAGGGCACCACAGACUCCAGAAGCCCUCAAAUCUCCUCAUAUGGGGCCCCUCUCUCCCCCUCCCUCCUCCCCUGGGACACUGGGGAGGGGAGGGCAGAGUCAUCAACAUGGUAUCAUCGUUGGGUCUCCCCUGUCCCCCUCAUGUUCCCCCUCUCCCUCUGUGAGUAUGAACUGCCCCUCUCCCCGCCAGCGCUCACGCCACCCCUCCGCCUCUUCUGCUCACUCUGAGCAGGGGGUGGGAGGGGUGGUGCUUGGUGGCUACCCCCCCAGAAGGAUAUCCUCUUCCUCCUCACACUCUCCUAUACCAGGGGGGUCCCCUAUCCUCCAUUUCUCAAAAUACAAGCUUGAGGACAUCUUAGAGCAGAUUAAGAACUCUGGCAACAGUAGCACUAAUAAUCACAUCCUUCACCCAAACUCACUGAGCAACCAAAACAAUCCUCAUAUCCUCUCUCUAGCUCUUGAAAAGGUUGGGAUGCCCACAAAGGCACCUGCUUCUGCCUCAGGCAUGGAGAUCAGUGCUGGUCCUUCUGGUUUGCCUCUUGGAAAGUUCUUGAACCACCAGAAGCAACCCCACCCAGCUUCUUUUCCUGCCAGCAGUCUCCUCUCGGCAGCAGCCAAGGCCCAGCUGGCCAGCCAGAUGAUUCACAACCAGAGCUCCAAUUCGCGCAGCAUCCUCAACUCAGCCCUCUCUUUGGAGGUCUCGAGGGAGUCUAAGCAAUUGAAGGUAACAAACAGCACUUUACACAACAGCCUUCCCUCAAUCGCUAGGCCCCUGUCUGCAGCCUCCCCCCUGCUUUCCCUCUCCCAGCCCCUAGCCUCCAGUCCCCUUCACCUCUCCCGUACGGACCGGACAUCCCACAGGAAGCGGCAGCGGCGUUCGCCCACAGUGCUCAGCAUGCUGAAGGAGUCCCAGAUGACCGGUCCCAGAACCCCCGGCGAUGUGCUCAACCUCUCCUCGCACUCUCAACCCUCCUCUACCUCAGCCUCGCCCUACCCCGCCAUGUUAGAGAACCACCUCCAGGCCUUAAGGCUCUCAGUCCGGCACUCUGGCACACUCGCAGGGCCCCAGAAGCAGCCUGACGGCGCCCUGGAUUUCACAACAAUCAUGGCAGGUCAACCGGAUCCCCCCACCCAGCCUCUCUCUGCUCUGCUUCACCUGCUCAGUGUGCAGAACGCUCAAGCCACUGGAGCCCAGCCCGGCUCUGGACACUGCACAGGAGGCAUGAGGCAGAGCCCCAGGCAGUCUCCCUCGCCCUCCCAUUUAAACAUCAGACCAUUCCCUGUGCAGUCCCCCACUAAUCACAGUACCACACAAGGCCCAUCACAGCCCCUCUCUCCCUCUCAGUCAAAGUCCAGGCGAGGUAAUGCACAGUCUCCGUCUCGACCACAUACGAGGACUAGUCCCAAACAGAGACGGUCUCCUUCCAUGGCCCUGUCCAACACUCAGUCAGCACAAUAUUGCAGUAGCCCCUCGCCCACCCCACACACCCCUAAUAGGUUGUGGCAGGCCCAAAACCAACCUAUGGAUGCCACCACCAUCCAGUCACCCAUUGGCCAGGCCUUUCCUGAAGUCAGUGAAUCAAUGGAGAUGGAGAGCAUGUCAACACUAGGCCCUGGUCUCAACAGCACCUCUACCUCCAACCAUAGCAGCAGCGUCACCAGCUACAGCAGCACCACCUCCCCCAGACCCCUGGAUCUCAGUAACCACAUGCUGGCACUGCUGGCAGCCUCUUCCACCACACCUAUUGGGGAGGGGGGCCUGGACAGAACCACCGGCAACAACACUACAGGGGUGCAAGAGCCUCAGAGUGUUGAUCAUCAGGGCUCCACAGUGACCAAACCCCCGGGAGGCUGCAGCCCCCAGGCCCUGGGGGACUCCACUUGCUCCUUACCCCUGGCUGAAGCCUUCCCCUUCAUGAGUCAGGAGCAGCUUCUCCAGCUUCUAUCUGCCACAGCCGGCCUGCCCUCCCUCCUGGACCCCACCAUCCUGGGCUCUCUGCCCCUGGGCCUGUGGAUUGGCGGUCAGCAGGGUCACCUCCCCAUCUCCAACACACCUCAGCAACACCAUCAACUGCCCGAUCAACAACAACUACUACAACAAUCAGAACAACAACUACUGUUACAGCAUGAGCAACAGCAGAAACAACACCAGACUGCCCAUCUGAACCACAACUUUCCAUUUAGCUUAUUCCCCUGUCUAAUGGGAGGUCAGGGAGAGCUGCCUCUGAAUCUCCUGGGUCUGUUGAACCCACUGCUACCCCCUUCUGCUGCCCCUACCCCAGGCCAGGAGUGUGAUCUGGGGAUGGGGGAGAAGCUGGGCCUCCAGGCUCUCCUCAUGGCCUCCCUGCUACUAGGCCAGCAGCAGACUGCCAUGUUGCCCCUGUCUGGGCUUGGCCAGCUGAGCCUGGACCUCCCCUUCCGGCAGCACAUCCCAGCCCUGUUGGACGGUUUGUCUCUGGAUAAAGGGUCUGGACUCCUGGACCCGUCAUCCCUCCCCGGCCCUGGGCUUCUUGAGGCCCUCCAGGGCCUGCUUCCCCCAGCUGAUGGGCACCUCCAGGCCCUGCAGUCGCUCCUGCUCUCCACCCCCCUGCCUCCCCCGGCCUUCCUUUCCCUCAGCCCUGAUCUGCUAACUGCUGCCCUGGGCUCUACUGGCCUCCCGCCUGCCCCUCAUCUCCCCCUAACACAGCAACCCCCACCUCAGGUCUCAGCUUCAGGCCAUGAUGGGGGGAUGGAAACUCUAAUCCCCCUGUCUGUCCAGGGAAAGGACAACCCUGUCCUCCACCAGUUACUGCCUACUCUCCUCAACCCAGGGGUUCUAGGAGACCUGUCUGCUCUGACCAGCCUCCACAGUCUUCUGGGGCUAGGUGCAGGCCCUCUCUUCCUGCCCCCCGUACAGGCCUCUGCCUUGGGCAUGCCUCUGCUCCAGGGCCCUGAUGGGGCCAUCAACCUCCUCAACAACAUCCAGCUCAACAUGGCACCACCCUCAGAGGGAGAAAAGCCAAUCUCCUUACAGGAAACAGACAGCUCCUCCCUUCAGGAGGAUAUUCCAGCCAAUCGGCUUACCCCAGAGACUGCGCCCAGCCCCUGUCCCGCCCUGGCCCCCGUGUCCCAGCGUGGAGAGGGCUCCGUGGUGAGCGUCCUGGACCCCUACACUUCCUUCAUGGACACUAUCUACACCUCCUUCCUCCAGGUCAGUGCUAAAGAGCAGGAAGCAGUUCAGUCUGGGGCGGAUGCCUUCGGUGCCUUACCGCCCUCCUACCCUGGGGAGCGCCGUUCCCCCUCCGCUCUCCUCCCUCAGGUCAGUGCCCCCCUCUCCCUGAGCCCUCGGCAGGCCUGCACCCUGAGGAACCUGGACCUGUCCCGGCUCAAUAUGGAGGCAGCCCACUCCCCGGCUCAGGGCACCCCUAAACCCAGCAACGAUGGCUCCAACACGCCCCCGCAGAACAAGUUGGAAUUCCCAGAGUGUCACACUAACCCUCCUCUGCUUCCCAUCUACCUGGAGGAAGCCAAGACAGACUCGUACAGCCAGGCUGUGUCAGAUCGGCAGGGGGACAGACCCCAGGCAGGAGGGUACCAGAGUCCCAGAGACGGGAGCAGCUGCCCCAAGGAGGAGACUGGGGCUCUACAGCACACGGAGCAGGGCAGGAACCAAACUGCACAAAUGGGGGGAGCCAGAAGAGGCAGGAAAAGGAAACAAACGCUACAGAAUGUGCUAGAAGACUUCAGAGAACUGGAUUCUCCAGCCCUAGAGGAACCUAAACCCAGGGUGGUGCUGCUGAAGCCUGAGAGGUCGGUCCGGGGCAGGAGGCGGCGGGGAGCCAGGUCCCAGAGACAGUGACGGGAGCAGGUUCACCCCAACCCCGCCCCUAUCACUGCUUUAUAUUGUCCAAGCUCCCCCACUCUGUUUUUACACUGCACUAAUAUAUUGUCAUGCCAACCUCUUACCUUUUGAAUGGGAGUGAUCUAGAUGAAAAAAUGAAAAAUAGUUAUGUGGAUGCUUUCACUUAGGUCCUCUCUUAAGUCUGUGUGGUUGCUUGACAUUGUGAUUGAUUGAGAUCCGUUAUGAUGUAAGUGUUAGAAUUAUGUCUACAAAAAACUGCACUGUUUCUCAGUGUGUUUACUGUGAGUCAGGAUAAGAGUAUCUACUUGAAUGACCUACAUUUGCGCUCUGUUUGAGAUUGUAUGAUGUCUGUGUGCGUGUGGAUUGUGCACAUUUGGGUGUUCAAGAUGCUCACGGUAGAAGUUGCCCCUGACCACAGAUCUAGAAUCAGAUUACCUAGGGGGGGGGGGGGGGGGGGGGGGGGGGUUGUGUAUCACCAAGCAGAUGAGUUAGCCAGCUAAGUGUACUGCCUAAAUAAUCUGAAGUCACAUUUUCAAAUUCAGAAAGAUCGAUGUGAAAUUGGCAAGACUCGACACUUCCAACAACCCACAUUCAAGAUAAGCUUUCUUAUAGAACCUGCUCUAUAAAGUGGUCAUGCUUUGUGAUACACCCCUUUGUAUGUUCUCUGUGGUGUGUUUAGUAAACGAUGCACAUUUCAAUUAGGUCCUUUCACAGGGGGAAUGGCUGAUGAAAAAGUGUGAGCUAUGUGUGGGUUUUUAACUCAAUGUAUUUUUGGGUGGGAUGUAGUUGUACUUUCUCUCAUUGUCCUUCGGAUCGCUGUGCUAUACACUAUUACAGCCCAGUAAUGCUGGCAUAUCUUAUUUAAAUGAAAAGAAGCAGAUUAUGCAAUUUCUACACAUGGAGAUUUGUAAAUAUGUACAGUUAAUGUGUUUUAUUUUAUAUUGUUAGAGACAAUGAAUUGUGAAUUUUCGGGGAAUUGUAAUUAAGUAUUUUCUCAUUCUACCCUUGCUUUCAAUACUUAUGUUAAAAGAAUAUUAAAUUGUUGACUGUAGCUUUCUUUUUAUAUGGGAGUCUUUUUUUUAUUUAAUAUUAAACUAUUUACAGAAAA